AUGGUGGCUUGCCUCGCCCCUUGGCAGCCCCUAUCCUCUGGCCACGCCUUCAUGGACAAUCGCGCGAUUGUCUCCACCUCGCCGGGCGCGCUGGCCACCGACAUUGCAGAUACUCAGAGCUUCGACCGACGAGUGGGCUUUGUGGAAAACAUCGGCAAACGACAACACUGGUCCGACCAAGACGUCGUUCCACGACGCAUCGAGCACCUCGGAGUGCUCGCAACACCGACCGACUCCAGCUUCGGCAUCAUUCCACGCCAAGGGUGGGCAAAGCUGGAGACCUCCAUCGCCGUGCUGGCCUCCAUCCCCGGCAGCAACCAGGUUCGCCUCAAGCUCGCCUUCGCCUACAUCCGUCCUUUGUGGCUCUGGGCGAGCCCACUGGUCAUCCCGCCGCCCAUCAAGUACGCAAGGACCCUGGCGCGAGCCGUCUGGCACACUGGUUGCACCUGGUGA